UGCGCUUAGAGCUUUCGAUGCGGUUGGGUAAGGUUCUUCAGUCUGGUAGUGGAAGCUGUGGCGAGAGGAGUUAUCGGGCGUGGGAGACAUUGAUAUGGGGACCCCACCUACGCUGUUCGCUGUGAUAGCUGUGAUAUUAGUUCCAGCACUAGCCGGUUAUAUUGAGGCACUGGCAGCCAAUGCUGGAGCAGGCUUUGCUGUGGCAGAGCCACAAGUGGCUAUGUUUUGUGGCAAAUUAAACAUGCAUGUUAACAUUCAGACUGGCAAAUGGGAACCUGACCCUUCUGGGACCAAAAGCUGCAUUGGGACAAAGGAAGAAGUUCUUCAGUACUGUCAAGAGGUGUUUCCUGAUCUUCAAAUAACCAAUGUAGUAGAAGCAAAUCAGCCAGUUAGUAUUGAUAACUGGUGCAAGAAGGGAAAAAAACAAUGCAAGGGUCAUUCCCAUAUUGUUGUCCCAUUCAAGUGUCUAGUUGGCGAGUUUGUUAGCGAUGUGCUGCUUGUCCCAGAGAAGUGCAAGUUCUUUCACAAGGAAAGAAUGGAUGUAUGUGAAGGUCACCAGCACUGGCAUAAUGUAGCCAAAGAGGCUUGUAUGACUGAGGUUAUGGUCCUCCACAGUUAUGGCAUGUUGCUACCAUGUGCUGUGGACCAGUUCCGUGGGGCUGAGUAUGUCUGCUGUCCUCAAACAAAAAUCCUAGAUGAAGCUCUUUCUAAGGAAGAAGAGGAAGAGGAUGAUGAGGAAGAAGAUGAAGAUGAUUAUGAUCUUUACAAAAGUGAGUUCCCCACUGAGGCUGAUGUAGAGGAUUUUACUGCAGCUGCGGAAGAAGAAGAAGAAGUGGAAGAUGAAGUUGUAGAAGACCGUGACUAUUAUUAUGACAAUUACAAAGAUGAGGACUACAAUAAUGAAAACCCAACAGAGCCUCCCAAUGAGCGACAACCAUCUGGGAAAGACAUAAUUACAGAUGUCAAAUCUGUCUGCUCCCAAGAGGCCAUGACCGGUCCCUGCCGGGCCAUGAUGCCACGCUGGUAUUUCGACCUUGGCCAGAAAAAAUGUGUUCGGUUUAUAUAUGGAGGCUGUGGAGGCAACAGGAACAAUUUUGAGUCUGAGGACUAUUGCAUGGCCGUUUGUAAAGUGAUGAUGGCACAAACUCCAGCUCCUGCUGAUGAUGUGGAUGUGUAUUUUGAGACCUUAGCUGAUGAUAAUGAACAUGCACGCUUCCAGAAGGCUAAAGAACAACUUGAGGUUCGACACCACAAUCGCAUGGAACGGGUAAAAAAGGAGUGGGAAGAAGCUGAGAGUCAGGCCCAGAGUCUGCCAAAAGCUGAAAGACAGACCCUCAUACAGCAUUUUCAGGCCACAGUGAAAGCCCUUGAAAAAGAGGCAGCCAGUGAGAAGCAGCAGCUAGUGGAGACUCACCUGGCCCGUGUAGAAGCCAUGCUCAAUGACAAGCGCCGCAAUGCUCUGGAGAACUACCUCUCUGCAUUGCAGGCUGACUCCCCUCGUCCACAUCGCAUCCUUCAAGCCCUAAAACGCUAUGUAAGAGCAGAAAACAAAGACAGAUUGCACACCAUUCGUCAUUACCACCACGUGCUUGCUGUCGAUCCAGAGAAGGCUGCACAGAUGAAGUCUCAGGUCAUGACCCAUCUCCAUGUUAUUGAAGAGCGAAUGAAUCAAAGCCUGUCUCUGCUCUACAAGGUUCCCUAUGUUGCUGAUGAAAUUCAGGAUGAAAUAGAUGAAUUAUUCCAGGAGCAACGAACUGAUAUGGAUCAGUUCACAUCUUCAUUCUCAGAGUCCCAGGGAGAUGUAAGGGUUAGCUCAGAGGAAAGUGAAGAAAUUCUUCCAAAGGAUGGUAAACCCUUCCGCCCUUUCCAGGUGAAAACCUUCCCAUCAAUCACAGAAUCAGAAGAAACACAACGGGAUUCCUACCUUCCAGUGAGAAAAGGCUCUGGCAUGGCUGAUCUUAACACUCUUAUUGGUGCAGAGGAAAAGAUUAUCAAUAGCAAGAGCAAAGCAGAUCAGAAAGUGGUAAUUGAUGAAACCCUUGAUGUGAAGGAAAUGAUUUUCAAUGCAGAGAGAGUCAGUGGACUUGUGGAUGAGCCGGACACUGAUGGACCUCUACGUAAUGAGUUCAGCUUCAGCAGUGGAGCACUCAUUGGUCUCCUUGUCAUUGCUGUUGCUAUUGCUACAAUAAUUGUCAUUAGCCUUGUUCUGCUGAGGAAGAGGCAGUAUGGCACAAUAAGCCAUGGAAUUGUGGAGGUGGAUCCAAUGUUGACUCCUGAGGAACGUCACUUAAACAAGAUGCAGAAUCACGGAUAUGAAAACCCUACAUAUAAAUACCUGGAGCAGAUGCAGAUCUGAGUGAUGCAUAUGUGGGGGUUUGUGGGACUGGGUGGGUUAAUGAGCCUAAUUAGGGUGUGAAGUGGGAGGGGCCAAAGAAAAUGGGUGGGAUAUUGAUUUGCGUUUCACCGCUGACCAAUCAUUGCUUUGAGAAGGAGAAUAUGCCUAUUACUUUAGGCACUCUUGGACUCUUAAUCACUCCUGAUAGUACAUUUUCCAUUCCUUUAAACGGGUGACAGAGUAGAGACUUACUGAGUCUAUGGUAAAUAUUUUACUGCUGAUCUUUUAAGGUGUAGGGUUUUUUUUGUUGUUAAUGAUAUAAAUAACAAUCCAGAUGACCUUGUGAUUUCUGCAGACAAUAUAAAUAUAUAUAUAUAAAUAUGUAUGUAAAUUGAAAAAAUAUUCAUUUCUAUCAGGUUUCUUGUUCCAGUAGAAUGUUUCUUUAUGCAGCAUCUUUCUGUCCUGCUGGUUUAUUGAAGAUGAAGUAAACUACAAAACAGGAGUAUUUUGAUUUAGAGCUGAG